UAGGGUUUCUCUUUUAUUUCAAUCAUGGCUUCGGGAUCAAGCAAGACAAAUGCCCAAACGGCGCAAAUCGCUUCCACGGCGGCGGAGCCCAUAGAGACAACCACUGACGAAUCCACCGUCUCUUCAUCUCUGAACAAGGACAGAUCCGACUCCGAAACAAAGGAAGAUGAUUAUUCCUCCGACGGGAAUGAAUACUCUGCCGAGAGCGACGAAGAAGAAGAAGGAGAAGACUACGAAAGCAACGGAGAAGAAGAAGAAGAUGAAGAUGAUUGCGAAAGCAACGAAGAAGAAGAUGAUGAUAACGAAAGCAACGAUAAGGAAAGGGACGGAGAAGACGAUGAAGAUAGUAUAGUGGACGACGGAGAUUCAACAAGCGAUCAACCAGAAUGGGGAGUGGAUGACUUCGAUGAUAUAUAUAGCGAUUUCUAUUCACCUGAUGAAGACUGUUAUACCGACGAAGAAGAUGAGCGUAAAAAACGUCUUUAUCGUCGAAAUCUCCACUUUAGCCAUGGUUUUCUGGUGGAAAAAGGAAUUCGUCCACGUUCAGUAUGGAGUGGCGCAAUCUUACUUGAACCUCUGGACAGUGAACAUUCUCCGGUUAAAGGAAGGACACAGCUUCAAUAUGCACAAGACAUGGUCAAAUUGUCUCUUCGCAAAUACAAUGCCUUAAACGAAACCAAUGUGACAUUGGAUCAUAUUGUACGAGUGACAGGGUCUUUCACUGGUAGGUGGGUUUCGUAUAUCACUUUCAUGGCGAAAGAGUCUGAGGAUGAUGAUACGCUUGUGGAGUAUCAAGCCAAGGUUGUGAAGAAAUUAAGAUGCAAGACUUAUCCUAUGUUUUGCAGGCCUAGUCCCAAGCUAGAUCCAGAUAUGUAGUCUAAAUUAUCUUUUGCUUUGUUUAUGGCUAACUGCCUAACUUCAUGAUUAUAUAGUCUUUUUUCUUGCUUUUCUUUUGGAUUUCUUCAAAUGGAUCUUGGUCCAAGCUACUGAAAAAUGUAUUGUAAUGCGAAAUACAUCAACCUAAUGAUG